CAAAAUAAGAAGAUAAAUUAAAAAUAAUUAGGAGUUUUAAUUUAUAUAAAGUUUUUAAAUUUUCAAAGUUAUUUUUACUCUACUUAUUUAAAGUACUUUUUGUUCCCCAUAGUCUUAAAUUAUGAUUCAAGUUGUUAUUUUAUUAUUAUUUUCCACUUGCCAAAUCACUUUACAAAUUAAUGUAUCGCAAUUUGCACUAGGAAUAAUGAGGAACCCGGGUUGGAAGUCAUUACAAAAAAUAAAAAUAAUUAAAGAUGGAAAAUCUUUUUCAUGUGAUGACAUGAAUUCAAAUGAUGUAAAAUUGUUGGAUAAAUACGUAAGUUCAAUGAUUAUGUGUAAGUACGCUCAUAAUUUGCUUGAUAUAGCUACUUAUAUUGAAUAUAUGGCAACUCAGUUUAAAGUAUUGGAUAGAAGAGGUGAGAAACUUGUUUACAUAAAAUAUUUGUAUGCCUAUAUAAUAGAUAUUGAAAAACAAACAGAUUACAUGUUCCUUGCAAUUGAUUUCAUGAAUAAUAUGAAAGUAAUAGAUAAUUCAUUUCUUAAUGGGCCUUUACAAAAGUUGUGGAAAAAUACAAACAAAGAGAUAAUAAAAUAUUAUAUUGGUGCAUUAAUAUAUACUAUUAAAAGUGAUAAACCUGUGGAUUUUGUUGUUAAUGAUUUAAUUAGACCUUUUAAGGAUCUUAAAGAAGAAAUAGAUAAUGAUAUAAUGGGAGAGAAAAAUUUUUGUGUUAAAGGAAAACCGUCCAUACCGAGUUGGAAUGAUUUAAAUAACUCGUAUUUGAAGGAGACUCAAAUGGAUAAAUAUUGCGGUUCAUUUUUGGAUUAUAUUAAUUUGAGAUAUAGAUUUUGGAUUUCGGACUCUGAAUUUGAAAGUUUUAAUCAACUAGGGUUUGUUAGGUUCGGUCCUUCUAUCGUAUUGCGCACAAAAUAAUAAGAACCGGAGUGAAUUUUGUUUAUUAUUUAGAUUUCUUAAUAGAUAAAUUA